UCGCUGCCAGCACCAGCACCAGCACCACCAUGCAGACCACAGCCGGAGUGCUCCUCGCCCUGGUCGCCACCCUCGCCGCCCGCUGCGCGGAUGGGGGAGUGCAGACGUGCAACGCUUCGUCACCGGACUUCCAGCUGUGCGUACGCGCUGCCCUCCAGCAGCUGAUUCCGGAGCUUGCGUCAGGAGUUCCAAGCAUCGGAGCAGAAGGUGUGGACCCUCUGCGUGGUCUGCCGCCCAUCGUCUACAACUCGAACGGCUUCAAAGUGCAGCUGGACGACGUCUCCAUCAGCGGACUGUCAGCAGCCCUCAUCAACGACGUCAAUGUGGAUCUGAAUUCGAACACAAUCCGUAUCCAGUCAACAGUCCCUGGUCACAUCACAGCGACUGGUGUCCAGACUACCGAUGCAGAGAUCAUGGGCAUUCCCCUGAAGGGAAGUGGUCCAUUCGCCAUUAGUCUGGCCAACCCCUCUGUGGCCGUGACGCUGACCGGAGCUCCCAGCGCCGGUCCAAAUGGCCAGACGUACCUGCGGCUCACCUCUGCCAGCGCCGCCAUCGAACCCGGAACCCCCACCGCCGACAUCAAGGGAUUCUUCCCGCAGUUCCCGCCUCUCGAGGCCGCCGCCAGCGCCUUCGCCAGCGUGGUCGCGCCGGACGUCGUCCAGAGCCUGAAGCCGACGUUGGACAAGUGGCUGGGAGGCGUCGCCCUGCAGCGCGCGCAGGCCGUGUUCAGCUCGGUGCCGUACGACACGCUGUUCCCCGGGCGCACGCCCGCCGUCGUCGGCCUGUACAGGGCCGUGCCCGCGCUGCACGCGUUGCCGCUGCCGCUGUCGGCGUUUGCUUACCACAAGUAGGCUGGCAGCGACCGCUGCACGGUCCCUCAGAGGGACGCAGCAGUACAACUAUUGCUCACAUUUUCUGGUUCGUCCAGUUAACACCUAGUAUUUUUAUUUUCCUCAUUCAGAAUGCAUCUAGUUUUCCGAAAGCAGUACUUCACUCUUCAGACUAACACUGGACAGUAAUGAAAAUAUUCUUUUUCCCCGGAUCAUUCAGUGUAUGUAUGGGUCAGUUAUGGCACACUAUGUAUUUUUAUGUUCCCACGUUGUGAUAUUGUAUUUACUGUAAUUAAUAGUUACCAAUAAAUGAAGUACAUGUCUUAA